UUAUUAUUUUUCUUUGCUAAAAAGAAGAAAAGAGACGAUUCUAGAAUUUAAUAAUACUAUCUUUAGGCGGUUCGUGAUUUAUCCUCUUCCGCGUAGAACCGAGGAUGUCUUGAGUAUUAGGUACGAUCAUAAAUAGACUCUUCCGGUCUUUCCCAAUCUCAAUCUCAUCUCUUCGGAAAAAUCAAUCUUAAUAUUCAUAUUCGGUGAUCUAACCUAAGUAUCUUCAAUACCCUCCUCUCUCAAGAUGCAGAUCUUUGUGAAAACCCUCACUGGCAAGACCAUCACCCUUGAGGUUGAAAGUUCAGACACCAUUGACAAUGUGAAGGCCAAGAUUCAAGAUAAGGAAGGAAUCCCCCCAGACCAACAACGUUUAAUAUUUGCUGGGAAACAGUUGGAAGAUGGAAGAACUCUAGCUGACUACAAUAUUCAGAAGGAAUCCACUCUCCAUCUUGUCCUUCGUCUACGAGGUGGCAUGCAAAUCUUUGUCAAAACCCUGACUGGCAAGACCAUUACUUUGGAAGUGGAGAGUUCCGAUCCUAUUGAUAAUGUCAAGGCCAAGAUCCAAGACAAGGAAGGUAUUCCUCCAGACCAGCAGAGGUUGAUAUUUGCUGGAAAACAAUUGGAAGAUGGGCGUACUCUUGCCGACUAUAACAUUCAGAAAGAAUCCACUCUCCAUUUGGUUCUUCGACUCAGAGGUGGUAUGCAGAUUUUUGUCAAAACCCUGACUGGCAAGACCAUUACAUUGGAAGUUGAGAGUUCCGAUACUAUUGAUAAUGUAAAAGCCAAGAUUCAGGACAAGGAAGGUAUUCCUCCAGACCAGCAGAGGUUGAUCUUUGCUGGAAAGCAAUUGGAAGAUGGCCGUACUCUUGCUGACUAUAACAUCCAGAAGGAAUCCACUCUCCAUUUGGUUCUUCGACUCAGAGGUGGUAUGCAGAUCUUCGUGAAAACCCUUACUGGAAAGACGAUUACCUUGGAAGUUGAGAGUUCAGAUACCAUUGACAAUGUAAAAGCCAAGAUUCAGGACAAGGAAGGUAUUCCUCCAGACCAGCAGAGGUUGAUCUUUGCUGGAAAGCAAUUGGAAGAUGGCCGUACUCUCGCUGACUAUAACAUCCAGAAGGAAUCCACUCUCCAUUUGGUUCUUCGACUCAGAGGUGGUAUGCAGAUCUUCGUGAAAACCCUUACUGGAAAGACGAUUACCUUGGAAGUUGAGAGUUCAGAUACCAUUGACAAUGUAAAAGCCAAGAUUCAGGACAAGGAAGGUAUUCCUCCGGACCAGCAACGUUUGAUCUUCGCCGGAAAGCAAUUGGAAGAUGGUCGGACCCUUGCCGACUACAAUAUCCAGAAGGAGUCCACUCUCCAUUUGGUGCUUCGUCUCAGAGGUGGUAUGCAAAUUUUUGUGAAGACCCUUACUGGGAAGACCAUCACUUUAGAAGUUGAGAGUUCAGAUACCAUUGACAAUGUUAAAGCUAAGAUUCAGGACAAAGAAGGUAUUCCACCAGAUCAGCAGAGGUUGAUUUUUGCAGGGAAACAAUUGGAAGAUGGGCGUACCCUCGCUGACUACAACAUACAAAAGGAAUCCACACUUCACCUUGUCUUGCGUCUUCGUGGUGGUAUGCAAAUCUUCGUGAAGACCUUGACUGGGAAGACAAUCACCUUGGAGGUGGAGAGCUCUGACACUAUCGAUAAUGUCAAGGCCAAAAUCCAGGACAAGGAGGGAAUUCCUCCAGAUCAGCAAAGGUUGAUUUUCGCCGGAAAGCAGCUCGAGGAUGGUCGCACUCUUGCUGAUUACAACAUUCAGAAGGAAUCUACCCUUCACCUUGUCCUUCGUCUCCGUGGUGGUAAUUGAACGUUUCUGUUGAUGUCAUUGGUUUCGGAGAAGAUUGUUUAGCAUCUGUUGGUGUGUUUUCUGUUUUCUGUCUGUGAGAAACUUAUCUUUUGUUCCUCCAGUCAUCUUUUGCUUUAUGCAGUUGUCAUCUUAUCUUAUCAGUGCAUGAAUAAAUUUGAGAAGAAAGUAUAUUGCUUAUAUUACCUUAACUUGUCCUUCCU